AUGUCUGCCGAGAAGAGACCAGCGUCCGAUGACCCCUCGGGGCAGUUGGUGGUCAAGCGCCAGAACUUGGGCGAGAGAGCUCUUGCACGGGCCAAUGCCUCUGGGAGCAGCGCCUUGGUGCAGUCGACACCCCGGACGAGUGGCCUCCAAGCGCCGGUGAUGGAACUGUCUGGGCAUUCGGGGGAGAUCUUCACUGCGAAGUUUGAUCCCAGUGGGAACCUCAUCGCGUCCGGGGCCAUGGAUCGCAGCAUCAUGCUGUGGCGAACCUAUGGCGACUGUGAGAACUAUGGCUUACUGACCGGCCACCGAGGCGCCAUUCUCGACCUCCAGUGGUCUCGCGACUCCGAGAUCCUCUUCUCCGCCUCCGCUGAUAUGCACCUUGCCAGCUGGGAUCUGACCUCUGGGCAGAGAAUACGGCGCUACGUGGGUCACGAGGAGGUUAUCAACACGCUGGAUAUCAGCAAGCGCGGCGAAGAGACGUUGAUCAGCGGCAGCGACGACGGGACGAUAGGCAUAUGGGACCCAAGGACAAAGAACGCAGCCGACUAUAUCGAGACACAGUUCCCCAUCACCGCGGUCGCUAUCUCGGAGGCUGGAAACGAGAUUUAUUCGGGCGGUAUCGACAACGACAUAAAGGUGUGGGACAUACGGAAAAAAGGUGUGGUGUACUCCAUGCUGGGACACCAAGACACCAUCACUACACUCAGAGUCUCACCUGAUUCGCAGAGUCUAUUGUCGUACUCUAUGGACUCGACAGCUCGGACUUGGGAUAUACGGCCGUUUGCACCCACGGAGAGGCACAUCCGCACUUUCGAUGGCGCGCCGGUGGGCAUUGAGAAGAACCUGGUACAGGCCAGCUGGGACAAAGAUGGCAAGAAGAUCGCCGUUGGCGCGGGCGACGGCACGGUUGUCAUCUGGUCGAGCGACAACGGUAAACUGCUCUACAAGCUACCGGGCCACAAGGGCACUGUCAAUGUUGCGGAAUUCGCGCCCGGAAAAGACCCCAUCAUAUUGUCGGCUUCGGCGGAUCGGACAAUGCUGCUUGGCGAGCUGAGGUGA